UCAGACUUAUCCACACGCCAUAUCCAACCAAAAGACUCUUGAGCUCACCUUGUUUUCCUCGUCACCCAAUUGCUCGUUGCAAGAGAAACAUGGAGCUCAACAAAAUGAGAAGGGCAUGGCAAUGGCCGAUGAGCCCAACCAGUUUUUGAUGCCAUGGAUCAGCGAGGUAACUUGCGUAUUUUAGUUCCUUUGGCCACUAGCUCUGAGAAGGUAGAGAGAUAGAGAUAGAGAGAGAGGGGGGCUGUUGCAAGAGAUCUAUAUGAAAGAUAAAAGUGCUGGAGAGGAGACAAGGAGGCCAGUAAGACACCAAGUGGGCGAGGAAGAGAGAGAGAGAGAGAGAGACUAAUUAGAAGGGGUCAUGCAGCUGUCAUCUGAUAUCUAAACCUCUUAAACAGCGAAGAGGCCCUUUGCACCUGUCGGAUCGCCAUCCCAGCCUUGUUUGAUCCUCUUUACCUCCUCCUCUCUUCCUCCCUUGUUUAUUCUCCCAGCAUGCCGGUCUGGGUCAUGGAAGGAGGUCGGAAGAUCGCCAAGGAAGAGGAAGAGAGGUCUACCAAAAGGAGAAGAAAGGCUUCGUUCUUAUUCUAGCUAGCUAGAUAGAUACACACCAACAUAUAGCCAAGCUUCCAUAUCUCGUCUCAUUGACGGGUGACAUCUUCUUGUUCGGCGAAUUAAAGCCAUCAGCUCUUCCUUCCUUUCCUGUGCACAAGGAACAAGCAAUAGAGAUAAGAGGAGGUCGUCCUCCGGCGAGCCUGUGGUUGCGUAUGGCUUCCUCUUCUUCAUCAACUUCCAGCCCUCAAUACAGAUCAAGGUUUGGUGACACAACCUUGACCAAAGUGUUUGUGGGGGGAUUGGCUUGGGAGACUCCCACCGAGGAGCUCCAUCGCUACUUCGAGCAGUUCGGCGAGAUCCUCGAGGCCGUCAUCAUAUCCGACAAGAUCACCGGCCGAUCCAAAGGAUAUGGCUUCGUGACUUUUCGGGACCCGGAAUCGGCACGGCGGUCAGUUGCCGACCCCAACCCGGUGAUCGACGGCCGGCGAGCAAACUGCAACAUCGCCUCCAUGGGGAGGCCCAAACCCUCUCCACCACGAGGGAGGAGCAACCAAGAAGGGAGCAUGUACCAGGGCCCAGUGCAGGCGCCGGACCCACCUUAUAGCAGACUGCCAGCUCAACUACCCUUCCCUUCCCCUCCGAUGAUCUACCCUACCCCGUACGGUUAUGUGGCUUACCCAUCUGGGCAUGGAUACCAACAAGCUGCAGUGUACGACCCCCAAAUGGCAUCCUAUUACUAUCAACAGCUAUAUGGACCAACCUCUCCAUCGGCUGUCGUUCCUCCGCCCUACCAUUACCCUCCAUUAGGGUACUCCACCCAAACUGGCAGGGCAAGUUUUCCUUCACCGGGACAAGGCCCACGGCCACCUCUCAUGGUUCCCACGUCUUCUCAGCAGUACCCAUUUCAACUCCGAUCCCCAUCACAAGCAAGGCAGCCCCUGAACACCAUAACUCGCGAGCUCCUGAGCAGACCUCCACAGCUGGAUCAGAUACCGAUGACCAGGAUUCUUGAAGGAGGCAAUUUACAUCCUUCAGCAUAUAAACUUGUGCGCAUCAACCAACUUGACUGAUCACGAAGAACAACCCACCAGACCUGGAAUCCAUAAUUCAUGGCAACUUGAAUUGUCAUUUUUGCGUUAAAGAGAAAAACACCUCUCGAGGGUGGCUGAGUUCAGUGACGAAACUAUAAUUCGAGAGAGCGCUGCGACGCCAAACUCUUUGGUCUAAUUUUUAUUCAAAUUAUUAUUUUUGCAAGACAUCCGUUCAAUGCAACUUCUUUCGAAUCUCAAA